AAGAUAAGAUUUCUCUAUUUCUAAGCUUAAUGAUUUCCCCCCUAUAGUUACAUAGUUCUUGAUUCAAUCAGGAAGAAGAUGGUCGUUGGAAGUGGAAGAAAUCUCCACCUCUUAGCAAGAAACCGGUGAAUACAGGAAAUCCAGAAGAUUCAAAGAGGUCAUUGAAAGCAAUAAGGAAAGCAUAGAAUACUAGUAUUAGAGAGAAGCUCCUGAAAGAGUUUAGUUGCUUGAUCUGUCGGCAAGUGAUGACUCUCCCAAUUACAACUCCUUGUGCCCACAACUUUUGCAAGUCUUGUCUGAAACAAAAAUUUGCUGGUCACACUCUUGUUAAAGAGAGGAGUAGAGGUGGGCGGACACUCUGAUCACAAAGGAAUAUAUUGCACUGCCUUUCUUGCCCAACUGACAUAUCUGAAUUGCUGCAAAAUCCUCAGGUGAACAGAGAAUUGAUGAAUGUGAUUGAGUCUCUAAAACGUCAGAGUGAAGAGAAACAAGAAAUUGCUGAAGGAUCAUGUGAAGCGACAGAUGAUGCAGGGGAAAAUGCUGAUCUUUCUGUUGGUGAUGAAGAAAUUGGCAAUGAAAAUUCUAAAAUGGCUAGUUCAAAAGAAACCGUGAAUCCUCCAGCUGAUUGCAAACCCAAAAGGGCUGGCAAGAGAAGGAAAGUGAAUGCAAGGGAAAAUCCCAACCUUUCUGUUGGUGAUGCAGGAAUUAGCAAUGAAAAUUCUAAAAUAGCUGGUCCAAAUGAUAAUCCUCCAGCUGAUUACAAACCCAAAAGGGCUGGCAAGAGAAGAAAAGUGGAUGCCUAAGGGUGUAUGCUGAGUAAUGAUGAUACGAAGGAAAUCAAGAUUGCUGAGAAUAAACCUACUAAUAUAGAUAGAAAUAUCAAAGUUAAGAAACAGCAGCCUGGCGUUCUUGAAUGUAAUUACGCUCUUGCAAAGAAACGCACUUAUAGGAAGAAGAAUGCUAAUGUUGGGGAUCCUACUCUGAAAGUGGAUGUUGGUAUUAAGACAAGUACCAGGAAGGGUUAAGAAGCAGCAAACAAAGCAAAUGUUUCACCAUCAAGCACCCUCUAGGUGUAAUCAUCCAAUGAAGAUUUUCAAUGACCUCUAUUUUGAUUGGACCAUCAGGUAGCUUCUGUUAAAUCUACACAGUGAAACUUUAUCCAGGGAUCCCGUAUUUUUAUUAUUUUUGCUUUGUUUUGUUUUGUUUUGGAGUUACAUUCUCUUGAAGAAUGAGAUUGCUGACUAUAUGCAAUUCAACAAUGGUCUUAUUUGUGACCAUCUAGUAGAUUUUGUUACUUUGUCCAAGUAAACUUUAUCAAGGGAUCUGGGAUUUUGUUAUUGAUUUUCAGUACUGAUGGGUAUCUUUCGGUGAUACCUUCUCCUGAAGAAAAUCAGAUUACUGGUUCUCUUGUAUGCUGGACAAUGUAUUCAAUUU